GCCCCCCUCAGUGAGCUCUCCUGGUCGUCCUCCCUGGCCGUGGUGGCUGUGUCCUUCUCUGGGCUUCUUACUGUCAUCGUCCUCAUGCUGGCCUGCCUGUGCUGUAAGAAGGGGGGCAUCGGGUUCAAGGAGUUUGAGAAUGCCGAGGGGGAGGAGUACGCGGCCAGCUUCUCUGCACACGGCUCCCCAGCGGCUGCAGCACGGGGUGGCCCCGACGUGUACGUCCUGCCACUGGCCGAGGUCUCGCUGCCCGUUGCCAAGCAACCAGGCCGCUCAGCACAGCUCCUCAAGUCCACGGACCUGGGCCGGCACAGCCUCCUGUACCUGAAGGAGAUUGGCCACGGCUGGUUUGGGAAGGUGUUCCUGGGGGAGGCGACCUCUGGUGCCAGCAGCAGCCAGGUGGUGGUGAAGGAGCUGAAGCCCAGUGCCAGCAUGCAGGAGCAGACGCGGUUCCUGCAGGAGGCCCAGCCCUACAGGGCCCUGAAGCACAGCAACUUGCUCCCGUGCCUGGCGCAGUGCGCGGAGGUGACACCCUACCUGCUGGUGAUGGAGUUCUGCCCGCUGGGAGACCUCAAGGGUUACCUUCGGAGCUGUCGGGUGGCAGAGUCCAUGGCACCAGACCCGCUGACCCUGCAGCGCAUGGCCUGCGAGGUGGCCUGUGGGGUCCUGCACCUGCACCAUCACAACUAUGUGCACAGCGACCUGGCCCUGAGAAACUGCCUGCUCUCAGCCGACCUGACAGUGAAGAUCGGGGACUAUGGCCUGUCCCACUGCAAGUACAGAGAAGACUACUUCGUCACAGCUGACCAGCUGUGGGUGCCCUUACGCUGGAUCGCGCCUGAGCUGGUGGACGAGGUACACAGCAACCUGCUGGUGGUGGACCAGACCAAGGCCAGCAAUGUGUGGGCCCUGGGCGUGACCAUCUGGGAACUCUUUGAACUGGGCAUGCAGCCCUUUCCACACCACUCGGACCGCCAGGUGCUGGCCUACGCCAUCAGGGAGCAGCAGCUCAAGCUGCCCAAGCCCCAGCUGCAGCUGCCCCUGUCCGACCGCUGGUACGAGGUGAUGCAGUUCUGUUGGCUGCAGCCGGAGCUGCGGCCCACGGCGGAGGAGGUGCACCUGCUGCUGGCCUACCUGUGCGCCAAGGGCGCCACCGAGGCCGAGGAGGAGUUUGACAAGCGCUGGCGCUCGCUGCGGCCUGGCCCGGGCCACGCCGCGCGCUUACAGGCGCUGUGCGCCCCUGACGCCGCGCCGCCCGGCGUGGUGCCGGUGCUCAGCGCGCACAGCCCGUCGGUGGGCAGCGAGUACUUCAUCCGUCUGGAGGAGCCCACCGCUGGCCACGACCCCGACUGCGCAGGCUGUGUCCGCAGCCCGCUGGCUGCGUGCGACGACGAUGACUCGGACGGCAGCGCCGCCGCCUCGCUGGCCAUGGAGCCGCUGCUGGGGCGUGCGCCCCCCGCCGGCGGCCCCUGGGGCCUGUGCGACUACUACCCGCGCAGGGGCUGCGCCCGCGUCCCUGCCGACUCGUCGCGCUCGCCGUCGCCCCAGGACCCGAUGCUGGCGGAGUCCAGCUCCCAGGAGGCAGACUGGGGCGCGGCCGCCUUCUGCCCGGGCUUCUUCGAGGAUCCGUUGUGCGUCUCACCCUCGGGGAGCUCUGGGGCCCGGCCAUCGCCGGGCGGGGAGGACCCCGGGGAGGCUGAAGCGCGCAGGGUCGCCCAGCACAGACACUGGCGCUCCAACGUGUCGGCCAACAACAACAGCCGCCGGAGCUGCGGCGCAGACGCAUCGUGGGGCCUGGGCUGCGCCGACGGCUGCCCUGGCGCCGAGCAGAGCCUCCUAGCCCAUGCUGAGCCCGGCGGCCUCCUGGCCCAGGAGGAGCUCGGGGAGCCUCUCCUUGGGCCGCAGACGGCUUCCUCUGAUCAGGAUCCAGACCGCUGCCUCAGUCUCCCCCAUCUCUGUUCCGCUGAGGGCCUGGCACCUGGCACCAUCACGUCUCCCUGGGCCGAGGCAGCCCUGAGUGAGGGCAACAAGCCGGAGGCAGAGCCCAGGCUUGCAGCAGAGGCCGGGGCCUCCCACGGACCCCAACCGCCUCCGCCUUCCGUGCCCUCCCCCUCCCAGGAGGGAACCCCACUUCCGGCACAGGAGGCUCCUCCCACUCUGCCCGCUUUGCCCACACCUGCUGCUGGCGACUGGGCCACUGUCACCCAACUGACAGUGACCCCUGACAGUGGCAGCAGCCCCCCUGAGCCCGAAGUGCUGGGGAGUGAGGACGAGGACACAACCGAGGCCACUUCGGGUGACUUCACAGACUUGUCCAGUGACGGGCCACGGCCUGAGAAGCUGGACGGGGCCCCAGCCUUCCGCUCCCUGCAGAAGCAGGUGGGGACCCCUGACUCCCUGGACUCUCUCGACAUCCCAUCUUCAGCCAGCGACGGUGGCUGUGAAGUCCUAAGCCCAUCGGUCACUGGCACCCCUGGUGGGCAGCCCCGGGCCCUGGACAGCGGCUAUGACACAGAGAACUAUGAGUCCCCAGAGUUCGUGUUCAAGGAGGCACUGGAGGUGCGGGAGCCCGAAGCCUUCGGGGAGCUGGCCUCCGAGGCCCCCCUGGGUGGCGGCCUGAACGAGAAGAACCCCUAUCGAGACUCGGCCUACUUCUCAGACCUGGACACGGAGCCUGAGCCCCCCACCGGCGCCGACGAGAAGCUUAGCUGCGCUGUCUGUGCCCCUGCACUGGAGCCGGGACCGGAGAGCCCACAGAGCCUCUCACCCCAGUCUGGGCCCAGCUGCCCCAGGCCUGGGCUUCCCGAGGAGGAGCAGGGCCCCGGCCCCAGGGAGGCGUCCCUGCCGCCGUUGCCCGAGGAGAGGUCAUCCCCGGAGCCCAGUGCCUGUCUCGAGCUCCAAGGCCCAGCCGAGGCACCGCCCUCCCCCAGCCCUGGCCGCUCCAAGUCUUUCCUGCUGACCCCGGUCCCACCAGGCUCGGAGAGUGACCUUCCUGAGCCCAAGGGGUCCCUGCCGGAGCGGACAGAGGUGAGCGGCAGCCCGGGGGCACCAGGCCGGGAGCUGGCAGCAGGUCUGGGAAUGCCAAGAGCCCCGCUGUGCUUGGCCCUGCCGGGCCUGGUGCCUGAAGGCCGGCCAGAGGAGGAGGACGAGGACAGUGAGGACAGUGACGAGUCAGACGAGGAGCUGUGCUGCUACAGCAUCCAGGAGCCCAGCGAGGAGAGCGAGGAGGAGGUGCCGCCGGUCCCCGUGGUGGUGGCCGAGCGCCAGAGCGCCCGCAACCUCAGGAGCUUGCUCAAGAUGCCCAGCCUCCUGUCGGAGGCCUUCUGCGAGGACCUCGAGCGCAAGAAGAAGGCCGUGUCCUUCUUCGACGACGUCACCGUCUACCUCUUCGACCAGGAGAGCCCCACCCGCGAGCUCGGGGAGCCCUUCCCCGGCGCCAAGGAGGCACCCCCUGCGUUCCUGGCGGCCAGCCCAGGCUCCCCUAGCGUCCCGGGCCGGCUUCGGCGGGCCAGCGACCACACUCCCGACGGCACCGCGGCGGAAGAAGGCGGUGGGCGUGAGUGGGACGACGGCUUCUCACUGACGCCGGCUGAGGUGGCCUUGGCGACGGCGCUGGGAGCGGCGGCAGAAGCGCCCACCUCGUCGGCGCUCCCCAAGCCAGCCUCGGCUGGCCCGUUCUCCCGAUUCACGGUGUCGCCUGCGCCCGGGUCCCGCUUCUCCAUCACGCAAGUCUCCGACUCGGAUGUGGAGUCCGUGGGAGGCCUCCUGCCCUGCCUGGCUCCUCUGAAGCCUGUGCCUGCCCAGGUGGAGUGA